CACUCCUCUCUCUCUCUCUCACACAGUCACACACACAAUGUCCAAACCCUUCAAGCUUCGGAUCUCCAGAGUCAUCACCUCCUUCCAUUCUUGUCGUUCCAAAGACCCCUCCACUCUCCCACAAGAACCCGUCCCUUCCUUCCUCAGACUCUCUCCGGCCAACCAAAACUUUCCCGCCGUUGAUCCUCCGGCGACCCCCAAACCCGCCCACCAUCAUCGCUCCUCCUUCAAGCGCCACGUGUCCUCUGCAUUCAACUCCGUCGGAUGCGGGUUCGGGUUCAAGUCCGACUCCGACCCGGAAGUUCAGUGGCAGAAGGAGGAGAAAUGGCACGUGGUCGCGAUGGUCCACGACGACCACACGCCUCGCCGGAAAAUCUACAACUCAUCAGUUUCCGGUGAGUCCGACGACAACAAAUCCUCAUUGGCUCGUCCGCCGCCGCCGGAGAAGAAAAAACGACGAAGCAAGAAGAAGAGAACGACACCCAGACUCCGAACCAGUACUUCGUCGGCUGAUUCUGGACUCUUCAGCAGCGAAGGAGGCGAUGAGAGAGAAGUCGACGAAGAGAGCGAAACCCUAAUGUCAUACUCAUCUUCCAGAAGCUUCUCCACCGACUCGUCCACCGAAUUCAACCCCCAGUUGAAACCCAUCAUUGAAACCCCCAUUUCAAGGCCUCAAAAGAAAAAAAUCACCAAAAAAUCGAAGAGAUCGAAACGACAUGUUAAGAGCGACUACAAGGUGAAGAUGCUGUGCAGGUCGUCCGGGUGCUCGCCGGAGGGGUCGUCGCCGGCGAGGCUGUCGGUGUUCAAGAAGCUGAUACCGUGCACGGUGGACGGAAAAGUGAGGGAGAGCUACGCGGUGGUGAAGAAAUCGGAGGACCCAUUUGAGGAUUUCAAGAGGUCGAUGAUGGAGAUGGUGUUGGAGAAGCAGAUUUUCGAGGAGAGAGAAUUGGAGCAGCUUUUGCAGUGCUUCUUGUCGCUGAACUCUCGGCAACACCAUGGUGUCAUCGUUGAGGCUUUCGCUGAGAUUUGGGAGGCCAUGUUUUGCAGAAACAGUUCCAGUCGUCGUCGUCACCAGCGUGUUGUUUCUUUGAGCUAGCUCUGUGGUUGCAAAUGGUGAAACUGAAAUAAUAAUGUACCCUUUUUUUUUUUUUCUUUCUUUUUUUGUAAUUUUAUUUGUAGUAAUAGUUAGUUAUUGUAAGUUGAUAUGUAGAAUAUUAAUGGAUUGAUGGUGAUUUCAUCUAUGUUUAUGAAGAAAAAAAAAAUUAAUUGAGUAAAAAGGUUUUUCUAAGUAAUUUUAUUUAUUUAUUUCAAAAAAUUCAAACAAAUUAUAAACUAGCCAUUUCUCCCGGGACUUGAGACUUGAAUAAAGACAUACUCUUUUGGAGAAUGAAAUACUCUAGUAAUUAGGCAAGUGGAUAUUUCACGAUAUUAACCUAUCAGGAAUUUUUUUUUUAGUUUUUUUUAUAUUUAUUUAUUUUCAAAAGUUCAAAUAAAUGAAUACGAAUUACACAAUAUUCAACCUCCUCAUAGAGGAGAUUGGCCUUAAAAAAGGGGGGACACUCAACCUCUCUUUGAAGGGAUCAUACUAUCUCCACUCAUUCAUGGUUUUACUCUUAGUUCACUGGUAGCAUGGUAGGUGCACACAUAUAGGAUAUAUAUAUAUAUAUAUAUACAC